AUGAAGCCCGUCGUCAGCGCCGGCCACGCGUGGUCCUGCACCGUUGUCUCCGUAUUCGCCAUCGUCAUCCUGUCCGUCCUGGCGAUCGUGUACCGAAGCGGCCACGAGGAGUUUGUCGGCGGCAACGAGGAUCCCACACCCGAGGAGGGCGUCGCCAUUUCAGGCACCAUCCUGACGGCCGUUUUUGUCUAUCUGGGCUUCUUUGUCUUUUGUGGCUGCCAGGGCAUGCUCCACGUGCGGGAGAAUCGACGAGGCACCAUUGCUCUAUAA